UUUCCAACCCAGUUCAACCCAUCUUUCCACCCUUUUUUUUUCUCGUCACGUCGUCAAGAUGAACGGGGAUCACGAAAUGUCAGGCGAUGCCUCGCAGGCCGCCCAGCGACAAGUUCGUGUGCAGCUCACGAGCAAACAGGAAGAUGUCGCCCUCCCCGAGAAUACCGGCCCCAUCUUGGUGCCCACCGGUCUUCGGAGAUAUGCGCUGUCGACGCUGGUCAACAACCUGCUGGGGAGCGAGAAACCCAUCCCGUUCGAAUUUUUGGUGAACGGCGCUUUCCUGCGCACCUCCAUCGACGAAUACCUGACGGCCAAUGGCAUCUCCGCCGAAACCACGCUGGAGAUCGAGUACGUCCGGGCCUUGAUCCCGCCGCUACACAUCGCCUCCUUUGAGCACGAUGACUGGGUCAGCUCGGUGGACGUGCUCUCUGCGACGUCGCCCGCCGCCUCGAAGGCGUCGGCGACGGUGUCUCCCGGCCAGGAACGGAUCCUGUCCGGCAGCUACGAUGGUCUGCUCCGGGUGUGGAACAUGUCGUCGCAGGUGGUCGCGACGUCGCCGGCCCCCGCGGACGGAGGACACACGGCGUCCAUCAAAGCGGCGAAGUUCAUCUCGCCCAACGCGAUCGCAUCGACCGGGCUGGACCGCACGGUGCGCGUGUGGAAGUACGCCGAACACGCCGACGGCUUCUCCGGCACCAUUACCCCGCAGCUGGAGCUGUACGGCCACAAGUCCGCCGUCAACUCGCUGGCCGUGCAUGCGCCCUCGAACCGCAUGCUGACCGGCUCAGCCGACCACAGCGUCGGGUUCUGGUCGACGAAGAAGGGCGAUGCCCCAGCCGCGCCGGAGAACCUGCUCCCGUCCGUCGCAUCGAGGAGCGCCAAGCGACGCAAGGUGGGCUCCUCCGUGAGCGCACCGCAACGGGGUCCCCUGUCGCUGAUGUCGGCGCACACGGCGCCCGUGUCGGCGGCCAUCUUCGACGCGACGGACGCCACGGUCGGCUAUUCGACCUCGUGGGACCACUCGCUGCGCACGUGGGACCUGGUCACGGGCUCCCUGGUCGACACGCGGAGCACGGCCCACGCGCUGCUGUCGCUGGAGCAUCUCCCCGAACACCACCUCCUCGCGGCGGGAACCUCCGCGCGCCACAUCACGCUCAUCGACCCGCGCGCGUCGGCGACGACCAUCGCGGCAAUGACGCUGCGCGGGCACACCAACGCCGUGGUGUCGCUCGCACGCGACCCGCAGAGCGCGUAUGGGCUCAUCAGCGGGAGCCACGACGGGACGUGCCGGAUCUGGGACAUCCGGGCGACCAAGACGGACAAGGACGGGGUGGUGGGCGAGAGUGUCUACUCUAUCGGGCGGAAGAGCCAGGAGGAGGCGGGGCGGGGCGAGGCCAAGCGCGUGGGCGGCGAGGGCGUCAAGGUGUUUGGCGUGUGCUGGGACGCGGCGGUGGGCAUCGUCAGUGCGGGCGAGGACAAGCGCAUCCAGAUCAACCGCGGCGAGGGGGUGCUGUCAUCGGUGUAGGAUUGAGGCGUUGCACAUAUGGGCCGGGCGUUUGGCUGGAUGAAAAGUUGUUUUCUGUUUACUAGUUUAUUAUCUUGACCUUAAUGCUGG